AUGCUACACGAGGUGUCCCCUGCCGCGCGCGAUGCCGGCGUUUGCGGCGGCGGCGGCGUCAAGCAGCCCGCGCCGUCGACCAAGGGCGUCGAGCGUCGACUCGUGCACGCCUACUCGAUCGACGCAAUCCUGGGACUUGACAAGUCGGCGACGUGCGCCGAGGAACGACGCCGGGCGCCCGUGCUCUGCCAUGCCGGGAUGCCGCGAUGCGGUUCACCCGCGGGCACGGACAGCGGGUCGGACACGGCGAGCAACGCCGGCCUAGAAGUCUCUAGCGGGCCCGAACUGUCGCCCGGAACCGGAAGUCGCGGAAGUCCCGGCCCGGAAGGCGCGACGACGCAUCUGCCUGCUGAAGGGACGUCGCCCGCGCCGGGUGGUUCCGGAUCUUCUUCCUCGCUGUCCCCGGCGGGCGGUGGUGCAGCGGGCUCCAAGAAGAAGCACCGGCGCAACCGCACAACUUUCACCACGUUCCAACUCCACGAGCUGGAGAGGGCGUUCGAGAAAUCCCACUACCCGGACGUGUACAGCCGAGAGGAGCUGGCCAUGAAGGUCAACCUGCCGGAAGUCAGGGUGCAGCACGAAUUCCACCACGUACUAACAAAGAUGACGGGUCCGGACAUACAGAUCAAUUCAAGCAUAGUUCAUAGUCAAGCAUAG